AUGCGUGGGGAGUUAGAAAAGUCUAAUACUAACUCCUCAAAAUUUGCUGAUGCAACUUCAGAUAAGAAAUUGUCAGAUAACCUCCAUGAAACUCAGUUAUUAAAUCGUCAAAUACAUCAGCACACAGAGGAACUUAAAAAAAGAUGCGAUGAGAUACAGGACAAACUAAACAGAGAGAUUGGUAUGCCCAUUAAAAGUGAAAAGGAAGUUGUCAUUAAAGAAAACCAGGAGAAGGAUGAAGCAUUGGAUAAAUUGAAGGCAGAAAUACGGAAAUGGGAGGAUCGAUUUAUUGAUGCAGGAGAAAUGUUUGAGGCGUGCAAGCAAGCUAAUCAAUUUCAGCCAUUUUCAUCCAGCGGUGAUCUAGCCUUAUUGAACAACCCCACAACUGACCACCGAAGCGAUUUGUUCGAAUAUAUUACCGAACUCUAUAGACAGGUAAAGAGUCAGUCUGAAGAACUCGAUAAACUGAAGAAAGCUGUCUACCAAUCAGAAGGCGAAAGCACGCCGGCUUCCCGGCCUUCUCUCACACAGCCCUUCCAAGUAGACGGAAUAAUGACUGCGGAACCUGAAUUAAGCAAGCUGUCAUUGCCUAGUUUUCCACGUGUUACCAGAGCCCACUGGCAGGACAGGAAUUUCGAGGCAAUGGUUAUCAUGGAUGGAACCGAUUUGGGAAUCCACAAGAAGGAAAAGUUGUUCAGUGUCCACUACCUUACAAUUGCCAAUAUAGAUGACUUUAUGGGAGGUGGUAAACCGCUCCUUCAUCAAGUCGGUCCUUAUACCUACGAGCAGAGCACAUCCAAAUAUGCACUGAAUAUAUUUCCCCAGAACGGAACCGUCAGAUAUGCUGACAAGAACAUCCUCAGAUUCAUUCCGGAGCGAUCUGUUGGCCUGGAGUCAGAUGUUCUGGUGGUUCUCAAUCUCGGUUAUGUGGCUAUAGCCAAUAAUGCUGGAAAGAACCGCAACAUUGAUUUCGUAGCAGACUUUAUAAUCCGACACUAUUAUCACUCCCAACUAUUUCUAAACAAGACGGUUUAUGAAAUGAUUUGGGGCUAUGAGGACCCGGCACUUAAAUUCAUCAACAAGUUCAUUCGGAUUAGGACAGUGAUUGGUCUCUAUGCUGGUAAAAAUAACUCUGUCGGCCCCAGUCUGGAAGUGAAUGACGGUGUUAAAAACUCGAACAGGGUGGGGCAGAUUCUCUCCCUUAAUGGACUUCGGGAGUUAUCCGUGUGGAAAACCCCAUCUGCGAAUCAGAUAAACGGUUCGGAUGGAUCUCUUUUCCCUCCUUUUUUGGAUCCAACUUCUUUUGUUCAAGUUUUUUCAGCCGAUAUUUGCAGGUCGUUACGUUUUCACCCAAUCAGCGAGCCAGAGAUCGUAGACAUAAACUCGAUUCCUACAUUACGAUUCCUGCUUUCAAAACAAACAUUCCUGUCGCCAGAGGAAUACCCUGACAACCAAGGGUUUUGCCUGGACUAUCCUAAAUGCCCGAAGUCGGGAAUAAUAGAUAUGCGGACCUGCAUGGAGGGUGCUCCGAUUGCCAUCUCCCUACCGCAUUUUAACGGGGCUGAUCGCAGCUACCUGGAUGCUGUAAUAGGUAUGCAUCCCCGUGACGACAUGGAUAUUUCCUUGUACAUCGAGCCUCAGACAGGAGUUAUUCUUCAAGCUCUUCAACUAAUCCAGGCCAACGCUAUAAUAUACCAGAACCCAAAUUUUCCUCAACUUGCACAUCUGAAAGACGUUACAUACCUCCCCAUCGGAUAUUCUAACACAUCCAUUUACGUGAAUGAGGCAGUAUUCCAAACUCUUAUGUCUACACUGAUCAUCCCACAGCUUUCCGUUAAGAUAGCGGCCUGGCUAAUGGUUAGUGCUGGGUUGGUGAGUCUUGCUGUAACCCUCAGCAUGCACUUUUGGACGAGGCAAAAGACGUUAGUGGUGGACGGAGGCAACGAGAGUACACCACUUCUCGUUGAAUGUCCUUCUUAUUCUUCUUCUGAUUGUCCUCCUAACAAUUUCUGCCAAUCGCCUCCUGAAGCCCGGUGUUCUUCCCAUUCUCUCGGUUCCCAUAUUUCUGCCCAAGAGCAGGAGAUGGAGGAUCGCCUGAAAGAAGGAGUGUAA